AUGGCGGCAUUAUCUAUUCAUUACCAUCCUGGUAAAGCCAACACAGUUGCAGAUGCGCUUAGUCGGAAAAGUAGGGGACAUUUGGUAAAUCUAUUUAAGAAGCAAAAUGAGUUGGUGAUUGAAUUAGCUAAAAUGGAUGUGGAUCUUGUGAUACGUGGACAGGAAGUUGUAAUAGCAGCUAUGAUAGCUCAACCAACCUUACUUGAAAAGAUCAAACUACGUCAAAUGGAAGAUGAAACACUACAGAAAGGGCAGGUUUGGGGUGUGACAGAAAAUGACUUGAAGAAAAUUCAAUACCUAAAAGCCGUGAUCAAAGAGACUAUGCGCCUACAUCCUCCUAUUCCAUUGCUAGUUCCUCGAAGAUCAACCCGAGUUGUCAAGUUAAUGGGUUAUGACAUUGCAACUGGCACACAAGUAAUUACAAUUGCUUGGGCGAUUGGGAGAGACCCAUUGUCAUGGGAUGAGCCAGUGGAAUUCAGGCCCGACUUUGAGCUAAUUCCAUUUGGUGCUGGGAGAAAGGGUUAUCCUGGAAUUCAAUUUGCCAUGGUAGUGGACGAGCUUGCAUUGGCAAAUCUUGUGUACAAGUUUGAUUUUGCCGUCCCUAAUGGAGCAAGCGGAGAGGAUUUGGACACGAGUGAAGCUAUUGGUUUGACAGUCCACAAGAUUCUGUAG